CGCAGAACCCUCGGAUCUGGUCUUCGUUAUGUUUUUCAGAGUCGGGUGGAGUCAGUCGACAUCCCGUCGCAUCCCUGCGGGCAAGGAGGAGGAUUUUUCUUGAUUAGUUUUUCAUUGACUGUUCGUUUGUUUGUUUUUUUACCACCCGGACACCUUAGAACUCCUAAAACAUGACGACGACCACCACCUACAAAGGAAUGGAGCCCGGCGCUAAGAGCAGUUCCAGGGUACUACGACCACCAGGCGGGGACUCCAGCAUCUCUUUUGGCACAGAUGACAACACGACUCCCCAGCGCAAGAACAAGAUGGCCUCAAGCAUCUUCGCAGAACCCGAGGACCCUCACGCUCAUCGGAGGAACAAUCCGCCAACCGGCGCGCCCACGGGGACCCUGUGCGGGGAGCCCUCGGCCCCGCUGAGGCGGUGCCAGCAGCCUCUUCUUUUCCCCAAGAACCCUGAACCGGAACUGACAACCAUCCACAACUCCGGGGCCGCCUUGGUGUGGAACCAGAGACGAGAGGUUGAAAAUGGCCAAGAAAACGACGAGUGUCCCGUCGAAGCGGAGCAAGAGGAGCAAGAGCAGCAGGAGACGCCAGAGCCCUCUGCCCCGUCGGGAGGUGCCAACGCAGCCACGGGCGGCCGAAGAAACCCACCCGGCGGCAAGUCCAGCCUCAUCCUGGGUUGAGACCACUCCUUUUUUUUUUUUUUUUUUUUUUUUUAAAUUCGAACGCUUUUUUUUUUUUUUUUUUUUUUUUUUUUUUUUUUAUGUUUUGAAGAAAAACACCCCCACGACUCUCUCUUCUUCCCUCCUCAUCAGCAUUUCACAGUCACCUGCUUCACAUGCACUCGUGCCGUCGCGUCCACGGGCCCUCGCGUCCUCUCCCCCCUCACCCUUCGAACCUUUUGUUUUGAUCCUUUUUUUUCUAUCAAAAGAAGAAAAACUGUUGAAAGCACUUUAUGUAUUCUCCCCUCCUAUUUCCAUUUCAGCCCAUCCUGUAGUGCAUUGAGCCUGCUGGGAAAGGCAUGACGUUUAGCUUGGCCCCCUCAUUCUCCCCUGUUGUAAAUGGUAAAGAGAAAAAAAAAGUGAAGAUUUGAUGCGUGGAUUUCUAAAUACAAUAAAGAUUCAUAUGAA